AUGAAAUACUUCAAAGGACCUCGACGGAAAGUUAGGAAAAGCACAAGUCAUAUCGCCGCCAGUAGCAGUCACAGUGUCGCUCGGGAAACCGUAAGCUAUCUCAUCGCUUCUCACAUGCUAUGGACGUGUCCCAACUACCUUUUUGCCUGAGACUGUUUUUACACCGAGGUAAACCCCAGGAAUUAUGUUUAGGCAGUUUAAACAUAUUUCUGUCCAUAGUGGAAGAGCUACAGUCUCAGAAAAAAACGGUUGGGACACUUCCACCUAGUCUCCCUCCCUUGGAUGUCACGCAACGUUCUCUUGGGGGUGCGUUGCGAGACCCCCGAAAAACGGCUACGAGAGAGACUAAAUUCAACAACCGGUUUUUUUUUUUUUUUUUUUUUUUUUUUUUUUUUUUCUUUAUUUACCCAUUUCCAUCUGUCUCCCAUGUCUUUUUGACAUUCGCGUCACAAACUCUGUCAUGUUUUUCUAUGACACUCAUCCCGUUCGCCAAGUCUGCGGAGGAAAAGGAAAAGGAAUUUUGAAACGAUUUCCCUCCACGCCCGCUUUUUUUUUUUUUUUUUUUUUUUUUUUUUAAUACUGGCCCGUCUCCUCCCAUUGUUCUUUAUCGCAGUUAACUCACCAAAUCUUGCACACCAACAUUAGGAUGGUAAGAAAACAGUGAAGUGUCUCAACAAUUUUGGAGGAGACUAUGGCGGGGUUAAAAAUCAACAAUUUUGAUACUUGAUAAAUCAACUGUAUAAGUCGAUUAUUUUGAAUGCUACAAUGUAAUUAAGAAACGCUACCCGUAACAACAAUAAAAGCAGCGGCAACACAACAGGAAACUUGCUAGUUGUCUGUUUUCAGUUAACUAAUCUGGCUCUGUGAUUGGCUAGACAUUUAAAAAAGCUGUAUAAAUCAUAGUAAAAUAUUGCAAAAACACCUUCUAAGACUCCAUAUAAGGAAUUUAGCUAUCAUUCCUAUAUGUCACAAUAAUUUCAAGGGAAUUGUAUGUGCAGAACCAUAGAAAAGGCCUGUCUUGACCUUUUCAUUGAGUUUCCACCAUCUUGGAUUCUUGUGUCCAUCUGAAAAUAGAGCUUGUUCUUAAUCUUUUUCUUGUAAUAAUAUUAGGCAUCUUUUUUUUUUCUAAAAAUGGAUAGUACUUCAGUCUGUUAUUUUUACUCUGAGUGAGGUUUUAGUGAUCCACAUGCAUGGGUUAAGUGUCAUCCACAACAACUAUUGCGGUAAAGCACAAAGCACACAACAGAGCUGACAACAGUCGAAAGGUGAAAUUUGCUACGAGUAUUGGGAAUUCAAGGGAUUAAUUAUCAUGGAUGCAAAACUGUUUCAAAUAGAUCAAUUUUGUAAUUGAUUAUUUCUCGAGCCAACUCAAGCUAGCAAGGUCAGUGAUUUGGAAUACUCAGACGUCUCCAGUGGCUCUUUCGUUCCCAGGGUUCUCUCCUACCCGCCCUACGGAGCGGGUAGAAGAGAACCCUGGGAACGAGGUUGUCUUGAUCACAGGGGUUUCCAAUUUGCGGAUGAAAAUCGUCUGUCAACUGGAAAAGUGGAAAUGUUCCGCAAUCCUAAGAAAAAUGAUUUUGGCUUUACAAGGAAAUAUCUCCAAUAAAGUUUUUGGCUGCAGCACAGUGUCAUAACAUUGGAAUUUUCGAAUUACGGGAGUUUCAAUUGACUCAAUAAAGUUUUUGUUUAUGAAUGCUACAAUUUCUUUUCUUUUGUUUCAGUUGACUGUUCAGAGUCUGUAACUGCCACUUGGUUUGGCCUACACACAUGCACUACUCCCUCACAGAUUUUCUCUUAGUUCAAAGACAGUAAUUCAUUGACUUGAAUGUUUUUUUCCUUCUUCUUCUCUUAGUUCAAAGACGGUAAUUCAUUGACUUGAGUUUUUUUUCUCCUUCUUCUUUAUUUACCUUUACAUCCGGGAAAGAAAUCAUUUGGAAUAAAUUUGAAGAACAAAUAAUAACAAUUUUUACAGAAUUUGGCAUAACCAGUUGUGUAGUGAAAUAUUGGCUGUUUUGUCAGACUCCAGAGUAUGUCAGAAAUUUUAAGUUCAAGACUUCAUUUUGCUUUUAUUUACCAUACAUUCAUACACAUAACCUAUAAGAAAAAUAUAACUGCAUGGCAGGAGAUCAGGCAAGCUCUGUUGAGCUUUUUAUGCUAAGGAAAGGAAAUGCAUGUGAACCUUGAUGUUAUGAAUCUCACAGUGAAGUGCUUUAAUGGUAUAGCAAUUGUUUUAUUUUCACCCAGUUAUACAUGGAAUAAUAGUGUAAAUAUACAUAUGAACAGAUAACUUCAAGGCUUUAUCAGUGUCUUCUUAGAAGAAGUUGCAGCUUAAUACAGAUCUGUUGUAAAAAAAAACAAACAAACAAAUAAACAAAAAUGGGAAUUGUUAUGGAUUGUUACUAUUUCAGUCAAGGUGUCGACUUAAAAUGGUGUCCCUUUAAUACAGUUUUCAUGCAAAAUAAUAAUUUAUUUAUUUAUUUAUUUAUUUUUAUCCAGGAAGAUGCAAGUACUAGCCAACAGUUUGCUGAGUUGCCAAAGAAAAAGAAAACACCAAUGACAAGAUCUAGAGAUUCUCAGAAAAAAGAGGCUGAUGAAAAUGUGACAAGCAGAUCAAGGAAAAGAAAAACACCUGCUGAAAACAAAAGUGGUCAUAAAACUAGCAAAAGUGCUGUAAUCAGAAGAAAAAAUAAGUCAAAGAGGAAAGAAUUAGAAACUAAACAAGAUGAAUCUACUUCCUCAAUGGAAACUACUGAUAAACGUAUUAAUCAGCCAUUAGUAGAUCACAGUGAGGACUUAUCAGCCUGUGAAUUAGAUGGGAACGUUAACUUGUCAGACAAUGGAGAUUCCACAUUUCUGCAUGAUGCUGAUGUCCAGCAGAGUGAUCGUGAUUUCCUGCAGCAACAGAUCAGAGUACUGAAGACUCCAUUUGAGUUAGAGGUGGAUUGCACAGCUUUAUCUAAGAUUAGAGGUCAGUAAUCUGUUAAUAAUGUCUCAGGACUUUAUAAUAAUUAGAUAUUAUCAACAUUAUUGACUUAAGGGCCUGAACCCUGAAUUGGUAGUACCUUGUAGCUGACAACUGUUUUAUAAUUGUUGAUAAUUCUCUUUCUUUAGAAAACGAUCCAAAGCAUAUUCCUGUAGAGGUUAUUCACAGGGCUCUGAAGAAAGGUAAAAAAACAAGAAUUUUUUUUUGCCAGUUUUCUUUUUAGAUUACUGAUAAAGGUUUUUAAAACUCCCUUUGAAAAUGUAAUAAACAUUAAUAUUACAUUUUCACAGGGAGUUAAAUAGAAUUAUAAUAUAUUAUGUUGUUAUUAUAUUAUUGUAUUAAUUAUUCUAUUAUUAAUCAAAUUACAUACUGUUAUUAAUAUUAAUCCCCUGUGUAGUUUAAGUUGGGCUGAGGAAAAAGCUUUUUAAAUUUUUCAGUGAAACCAUUUUCCUUACUAAGUUAUGUAAGUUUGUGUUUCAACAACCAGAGAAGAGCUGCGAAUAACUUUUUUUCUCUUGAAAGGAAAUAUGGGCCGGUUGCAAUGCAGGUUACAUGUCCUACUAAGAUGUACACUAUCUUGGUCAGACAUCACCAAAAAAAGGUUGAACUUUAUAUAUUUAAAAUUACCGAACUACCGAUGGAUAAAAAGAAGAGAUUUUAUCAUGCCAAAAAUCUUUGGACAUAAUGUCCGAACGUUUGUGGGAUUUCAUCGGACACCAGCAAAUGCCAGUUGGUCAAUUUCCAAUGUCCUUCUGUUAUUUGCAGUCCUGAUGUUGGUGUUGUACAGAAGCUCUUAAUGAGAUUCAGGUGAAAAUAUUGAUUCAAUCUACUUUGGCUGUCAAUUUGUCUCCUAGUCAUAAUCAUUAUUCAUAUUGAUGUAUUUUGAAUCAUUUUAUGAUAAGGAUACAAAGGACCUUCAUUGACGAAGUUUUCCAUGAUCAUGAAUAAUUAAUUAGAGCUUAGGAGGAGACAACAAAUAAUUUAACCUGAAUUUUAUUUUGAACUAUACAACAUUAAUUUAUUGUUAGUUUCAAAAUGUAGUGAUGCUACAGUGCACAGCUAUUGUAUUUAUUUCUUUAUGUUUUUUUUUCCAGUCAACCAUAAAAAUGAGGAUGAACUAAUGCGAAGUUUCAACCGAACUGCACAGAGAAAAAUACUUAGUAGGUUACAACAAACAAGGCCUGAACAAACUGAUCCAGAGUCCAACAUGUUAAAUGAGCAGCUACAAGCAAGGUUAUUGUUUUGUCCAUUACAUAAUGGUGGAAAAAAUUAAUGUUAUUUGCCACUACUACUGCUACUACCACUACCACUACCACUACCACUUCCACUACCACUGAUAAUAAUAAUAAUAAUAAUAAUAAUAAUAAUAAUAAUAAUAAUAAUAAUAAUAAAACCUGUAAAUUUGUUUACUGACAAAGCACUUAAGAGUUCCAAGAACUCAUUUAAACGUGUCCUGGUGUUCCAGAACAAAUCGUAACUUGAAAGUGUUGCUUUUUGAGGAGAAGGGAAUUUGGACUACAUGAGUAAAACCUCUCGGACCAAGGGAGAGAACCUGCACAAACUGACAAUUCUGUUUUAGUUGUAUGUUAUUUAAUGCAUGGCAACAUUUACAAAAUUACUUUUUUCUUUGUUUUGAGGUACAUGAGACUUUCAUAUUCAGCAGCACUUAUGAAUCAUGUGUUGUUGUUUAUUUAUUGCAUAUAUUAUGUAAAUAAAUUUUGUUUUGAUCAAUAAAUUCACAUUUUAGUUUUCUUCUACCCAGUUUUCAUGAAAUUAAAGGAAGAGUUGCUGACCUGGAAAAGUUGCAUAAUGAUGUUAAACAAAAGCACUUUGAACAUAAGGUAUGUUUUGGUAAACUGUAUUAACUUUUACAGUUUUUAAAAGAAAUUGCAAUUACUUGUGUGCAAAUCUAAACGGUAAAACAGGCAACAAGAAUGUGUAACUUGUUAUGCAACGUUGCAGCAAAACAAGUUAAAUAGUGAUGUUGUGCAUUGUACUACCCAGGGUUUAUUCUAGGGCGCGGCCUUGCUGGAUUUCCGCAAUUUAGAAAAAAUGCCGCAUAAAAUUUACAUGCCACAUCAAAUGAGGCGCAAACCCUGACUACCCACAUGUGAAUCAGUACAUUUUGUGCUUUUUACUAGCCCGAGGCAAACUUGUUAUGCAACAGGUGACAUAACUCCCCAUCUCUCCUCCCCAGAGGACUCUUUGUGUCGCAGGGAGGCUGGGGAGAAAGAAAAAGAAAGCACGCGGGGCACAAUGGGAAGGGGAAAGACAGAAGAGAACCUCUGCCAUAUUGGCCAUUGUGGAGUUGCGUAGUGAACUGGGGCGAGUUUCAAAUUUAAACUAAUCGAUAAACUGACACCACCUUAUAGAAGAUCAUGUUGAGAUUGGUUAUUUGACCAAGUUUGGUGCUUUAAAGUUCAUCAGGGAUCAAGUUAUGACUCUUGAAACAUGGUUUAAGAUCCAUACAAUGUCUGUAAGUAGUAGCUAGAUGCAUGACGAAUUUUACAGUUUAACAAAAAAACUGAAAAGUAUUUUAAAGAGUUUAUAUGGUUUGGGGGGAAGUGGUCACAAAAUUACAGACGUUUGCGUGGAUCUUUAACCACGUUUCAAGAGUCAUAACUUGAUCCCCAUUCAACUUUAGAGCACCAAAGUUGGUCAAAUAACCAAUCUCAACAUGACCUUUUAUAUGGUGGUGUCAGUUUAUUGAUUUGUUUACAUUUGAAACUCGCCCCAGUUCCCUAUGCAACUCUGAAAUGGCCAAUACAAUGUGCGUCUGGCGGGAUUUGCUGUCUGUGGUUUUGGCUUGACCCACACAACUAUUGGAACGAUUCUGAGGGCUUUUGUUAAGAUAAUGGUAUAAAAGGGUGGUAUACGAAAUGGGCCAUUUCCGAGUUCCUCCGAGCCUCUGUAUCAAAACGAGGUUAAGUGCCCAGCCUUUGAUAUGGAAAUGAUUUUUCAUUCUCAUGCAAAUAAAACUCAUUUUCACACGAAAGGUUAUGCACUUGGCCUCAUUUUCAAAGUGAGGGUUUUUGAAACGCAGAAGUGUCUGAUUUGACGAAGUUUCGAUCCUGUUUCACGGAGGGCGGAGGAUUUUUUUGGGGGGGAGAACACUUGAUUUUUAGGAGAAUAAAGGGGGGAGGUCAGUCGUAACCGAGAACCCAAAAGGGCGGAUCACUGAAAACUUUGGAAGGACUCAAAGAGGGGACCACUCAAAUUUGCUUGGAAAAUGAAGACAUGGGGGAGGAUCGCGAAAGUCACCAAAAGUUAUUAGGGGGGAUCACUUCAGUGAAGUAACAUUCAAAGGGGGGAUCGGCUAAAUUUCACCUUGUUUAGCCCCAAAUCCUCCCCUCCCCCCCAAGCGAUAAAUAAUGACCGGUCCCUAAGGUGAGGCUCAAAGCCGGUGAAUUACACAGACUUCAAAACGAUAGUAGCCUGAAGCUGCAAGAAUAGCCUUUUUUUGAUUUAUUUUGUGUGUGUGUGUGUGUGUGGUAAAACGUACAACAUAGCUUUUCAACUAGUUUUGCAGCAAUGUUGCAAUUAAACAAUGUGCGCGUCUUUGUUGCCCGUUUUACCGUAGCUUAAUGCCCUGGCCAAAUAGUAGACUACACUGCGGCGUCUCGCCUUUUUCAGUUCGCGUGGGGUAAUUUUCAAGCGCGCUCGCGUUUCACUCGCUCUCCUAUCCCUGAGGAAAAAAGGGGACUACUCGUAGUCUUACCAAAUAGCGACAAUACCACUGUCUAUACCGUUUUCUUUUGAUCUUCAGUGCUACAGUGUAACUCUCUCCACGCAUUUCCUUAAAGAAAUGGUUGACAGAAUUUGUUUAAAGAUUAAAGUAUUUUUCCUUAGGUGAACACCUCGUUAUUUCUUAUAACCUUUUGUCUUGAUUAGGUAUUGAUGUUGUAAGGAGAAAAUAUAUGUUUGUCAGUUACUAUCAGGGCUCAAAGGGUUAAUGCGCUUAGGGACUUUAAGUAAGUUUGAAUUGUGGUUGGUUCAGAAUGUAGGUAUCUUGGUGUCACAACUGGAAGCAGCCAGUAAGGAAUUUAACAGCAAAAAGUUAAUGGAGGAAAUCAAAAGGACAAAUACAGUUAAUAAGGGUUUGUGGAAAAACUGCUUGUUAUCCUUUAGCCUGGUCGCAAGCUCUNAAUUGUGGUUGGUUCAGAAUGUAGGUAUCUUGGUGUCACAACUGGAAGCAGCCAGUAAGGAAUUUAACAGCAAAAAGUUAAUGGAGGAAAUCAAAAGGACAAAUACAGUUAAUAAGGGUUUGUGGAAAAACUGCUUGUUAUCCUUUAGCCUGGUCGCAAGCUCUCUAUUUUGAGUGGUUAACGAAGCUAGCCGCGCGAGAACACGCAAGCGAGACUCUCGCGUCCUCUCUCGUGUGGUGAUCGCGCGUGACUUCUCACGAUAUCUCCCUAAUGGGGAGCGUGCGCGAAGGCUAAUUUUCCGUUAGAUACCUUCUGACUACUUAACCCUUUCACCUCUGGGAAUUUCGCCAAAAAACGCGUUUUGAAGCUAGCCGAGCAAUUUUUGGUCAGUGUCUGGCUAUAAAGAUGUAGAUCUGGAUCCUUCGCGGCAUUCUGAUCCAGAUGCAAAAUAUUAGCUUGCGAAGAAAGCAAAAUUUCGAGUCUUGACGUUUUCUUUUCUCUUUCUCUCGUCACCACCAGUCUUUUGUCGCUUUUCUUGCUGGGAAUUUUCGUGCAGCAGUACCUUUUUUUUUUGCCUUUUCCCCCGGCCUCCUUGACUGAAUCGCUCUCAUCCUGGUAUGAUCACCCUGCACAGAUUAGUUUCCCAUGUAAAUGGUAAACAAUCUCUUAUUCAUUCCUAUUUCCAAUAUGAGGGUGUCGAAAUAUGAAUUGGCACUAAGUUAACGUAAAAACUUCCGAUUAGAAGCCCUGGGAUUAUACAACUUCGUAAGGGGUUUUAGGAGGAUCUAUAAAUGGAGGGGGAUUAAAAGUGGGAGGAGGGGCGCUUAUAAUCGGAAGCUUUACCGGUAGUCUGUCAGAAUGGCCUACCAUCCAUUUGGGGGGCGGGGGUGGGGAAGAAAAGGACCUGUCAAAAGGACCUGUCAUGUGGCGAAGACGGGGGGAACAUUUAAAAAUGGGAAUAGGAAUUCACCACUCUAGGGAAGAAGCAGUUGUUUUGAGCUAGUCGUGAAUUAAAGCAAAGGCGACGACGGCAGCAACGAGAACGUAGGUUUAGAUUACCGAAACGAAAACUUAGUUAACACGUUUUAUCACACGUUUUUGUACAUUUCUUGGCCGACGUCGCAUGACCACGGCCUACGUAGUAAUUUCACGUUUUGUGGAAGACGUGAACACGUGACAAAUCUCUUCUUCUUCCUUUCUUUUUUUUUUUAACUUAGAAUUUAACUCUAAAAAAAUUCACUAGUAUUUGACAAAUUGAAAGACAUGGAAGAAGACCAGUGAAGUUUGAAACAGCGUAAAUUCACUUUCUUAGAGACGUUUCGUCACCGUUAUCGUCGUCGCUUGGUUUCCUCACGCGAUUUAAAAUUCGCGGAUCAAGUUAGGUUUCUGGGAAACUGCCCACCUACCCCUCCCCUAACCCAACAUUAAUACUUACUUCUCACUUAGGGCAAAAUUUUGGGUUAGGGGAGGGGUAGGUGGGCAGUUUCCCAGAAACCUAAAUUGAUUCAAAUUUGCCUCCAUAUACUACGGUUUACUUAUUUAUUUAUUUAUUUAUUUAUUCACUUAUUUAUUUAUUUAUUUAUUUAUUUAUUUAUUCAUUCAUUAUCACUUUAUUCUUUUUUCGUCAGUAGUCAACGCUGGAUUAAGUCUCAGUGAUGCUCCAGUGACACAUCAGCAAUUAGUGGAGAUACUUUUUAAAGAUUAA